CGUUUCAGAAAUCGCUUUUAAUGUUGUCUGCAUGUUUGAUCUGUUUUGUAUUGGGUAUAUGACUAUAUCGUUUUAAGGAUUAAUUGAGUCUCUUUUUGUCGGGUGUAGGGCAUUUAUUGCUCCGUGCAUCACUGCGGUAACGCCCGGUCUCUGGCCUUGAAUGAAUAUCCACAAGGCGGAGUUAGCGAUAAGGCUAGCGUCUACAUCUGAUUAACAUUGCGAUACUAGCUAUUUACAAACUCACAAGAUUGUGCAAUAAUGACAACCGCAUCACUCAAGUACCAUCGUGUGUCUAAAUACCCUCUUAUCCGUUCUGUUCUUUGCUGUUUUAAACCUAACGAGUCAUUUGAAGAAGGGUGCAAUCCACCAAACGGGCAGACCCGAGCGAAUUGAAGGUUAUCUUUCAGAAGCAUGCCAGUGUGGUGGAUGCAGAUGGCGAGAAAUUGAUGACCCCGGGGGACUUUGUGCAGAAAUACCUGGGCCUGCACACACAGAUCCAUCACAACCCCAAAACUGUCCAGCUCAUCGCAGGUGUAGCUGAUACCACCAAGGAUGGGCUGAUCUCGUUCCAGGAGUUCUUAGCAUUUGAGUCGGUGCUGUGUGUUCCGGAUGCCCUCUUCAUCGUAGCCUUCCAGCUGUUUGACAAGACUGGCACUGGAGACAUCUCUUUUGAGAAUGUGCGGGACAUCUUCAGCCAGACCACAGUGCACCACCACAUCCCCUUUAACUGGGACUGUGAGUUCAUCCGCCUGCACUUUGGACACGAUCGCAAAAAACGCCUUAGCUACCUCGAGUUCACCCAGUUCCUACAGGAGUUACAGUUGGAACAUGCGCGCCAGGCCUUUGCCCAGAAGGACAAGAACAAAAGCGGCACAAUCUCUGCCAUGGACUUUAGUGACAUCAUGGCCACCAUCCGACACCACGUGCUCACACCGUUCGUGGAGGAAAACCUGGUUUCGGCUGCGGGGGGCAGCACCUCUCACAUGGUCAGCUUCUCCUACUUCAACGCAUUUAACUCUCUCCUAAACAACAUGGAACUGAUCCGCAAGAUCUACAGCACACUGGCCGGUAGCCGCAAGGAUACACUGGUCACUAAAGAGGAGUUUAUCUUUGCUGCUAACAAGUUUGGCCAGAUCUCUCCCAUGGAGAUCGACAUCCUGUACCAGUUAUCAGGCCUUCACUCCCACUCUGGCCGUCUGAACGUUUCUGACAUUGAGAGGAUAGCCCCACUGGAGGAGGGAGCGCUGCCCUAUCACCUGGCUGAGAUACAGAAACAGCAGAGCCAAGGUGAUGGUUCCAGGUCAGUGUUGCUGCAGGUUGCAGAGUCAGCCUACCGUUUCAGCUUGGGCUCAAUUGCUGGAGCUACGGGAGCCACGGCGGUGUAUCCUAUAGACCUGGUUAAGACCAGGAUGCAGAACCAGAGGAGUACAGGCUCGUUCGUAGGAGAACUGAUGUACAAGAACAGCUUUGACUGUGCCAAGAAGGUGCUGCGCUAUGAAGGCUUCUUCGGCUUCUACAGAGGUCUUCUUCCCCAGCUCAUAGGCGUGGCUCCAGAGAAGGCCAUCAAACUCACAGUGAAUGACUUUGUGAGAGAUAAGUUCACCGGUAAAGGCGACACCAUUCCCUUUGCUGCGGAGGUGCUGGCUGGAGCCUGUGCAGGGGCUUCCCAGGUGGUCUUUACUAACCCGCUGGAGAUAGUCAAGAUCAGAUUGCAGGUGGCAGGAGAGAUCACCACAGGACCUAGAAUCAGCGCCCUCAGUGUCAUCCGAGACCUCGGCUUGUUCGGCCUCUACAAGGGUGCUAAAGCGUGUUUCUUGAGAGACAUCCCUUUCUCAGCCAUCUUCUUCCCAGUGUACGCCCACACCAAGGCUCAGUUCGCCGACGAACAGGGAAGACUGGGCGCAUUACAGCUGUUAGCUGCUGGAGCCAUCGGCGGUAUCCCUGCUGCCUCCCUGGUGACGCCUGCUGAUGUCAUCAAGACGCGCCUGCAGGUAGCAGCGAGGGCGGGACAGACCACCUACACUGGAGUCACGGACUGCUUCAGGAAAAUCAUGCAUGAGGAGGGAUUCAGAGCACUGUGGAAGGGAGCUGGAGCUCGUAUGUGUCGAUCCUCUCCUCAGUUUGGGGUGACUCUGGUGACCUAUGAGCUUCUACAGCGGUGGUUAAAUGUGGACUUCGGUGGGCAUCGUCCGUCAGGGUCUGAGCCUACUCCUAAGUCUCGUAUCUCGGAGCUUCCUCCAGUCAGUGCUGACCACGUGGGCGGUUACCGUCUGGCUACGGCCACCUUCGCUGGCGUGGAGAACAAGUUUGGCCUCCACCUGCCCAAGUUCAAGUCCUCUGGAGUUGUCUCCAUUCACCAUGAUACUCCUUCUGCCUCCACUCAAGAGGAGGCUGCUGCCCCCUAAAGACUGGGCCUUUAACUACCUGCCCACUCCACUAGGGAGUAUACACUUAGACACACACUCCCAGGGGCCAUGCAAAAUAAAUACAUACUAAUACACACACACUGUUUGUAGGGCCAUUUAACCAGAAAUACACACACACUCCCAGGGUCCAUGUAACCAGACAUACACACUCCUCCCAGGGACUAAUUCAGUGCUCUCUCUCCCUGGUCCUGGAGAGCUGACUGUAGGUCAGUAGUUAAAGCUCAGUCAGUAACCUGAACACUGCACUGUGUUGUACUGUGUUGUAUCUCCAGUGGCUGCAUGCUCCUCUUCUCUCAUCCCUCUUUUCAUCUGAAACAUGUAUUUGAAAAGGAGCCUCGUCUCCCCCCCACAUUCCGGUGCCCCCCCCACACACAUUCCGGUUGCUCGCCUCUCCCCCACGCUGCGCUCUCACUCUCUGGUGGCUCCUCUCUUCUCAAUAAUAACUGAUUUAGAUUUUCUAGGAUUUCUUUUGGAUGCACAUUGUGUGUAAGGCUACUUUGAUUGGACAGUGUGUAGGGGAUAUUUGAUUGGACAGCGUGUGUAAGGCUUUACUCUGAUUGGGCCUUGCACAGGGAAGUUACUGUACAUAUUGUAGAUCUGCUGUACAGAUGUGACACUGCUGGAAAGGAAUUGUUACUGUAAGGUUGGACAAUGUUAUGGUAACGUUAGAGCAACACCAUGAGGAUAAUGAGAGAAACAUUUUGUUUACAGAAGUGUUGCAGUAAUGUUAGAAAGCAACGUGACUGUAACGUCGGAGUGACGUUACUGUUAUGUUAGAAUGACGUUGGGACUCUCUCUUGAGAAUCACUGAUGUACAGACCUUUUCAACAUAAGUGUUUAUUGAGGAGAAUCAUGGGCAAAUGAUUAGAUAACUUAAAUCCAUUUCAAUUCAUUGUGUAUUUUAUUGAAAUAAAUAAAGCAUAUGUAUGGUUUUCAUUCUA